UUAAAAUUCAAAAGUCCAGGACGAGGCGAAAUAUGUAAUUAGCUCUGGCUUCGGCGUAUCGCCGGCGUUUCCGUGGGCCGCUUGUCGCCAACGCGUCCUCUGCUCUCGCCGUGGCCGACCGCAGUACAAGUCGCGCUGCUCCUCUCGCUCUUCUUCUCCCUCCGCGUUCCGCGGCCAGAUCUUGCUUCACAUCUUGGCGCCAAAUCCCACGAGGGUCAGCGGUUCCGCGCUCGUGCCAGAUCGGUCCGAGAUCCCACUAUUCUUUGUCGUGAUCAAAUCGUGAUAUUGGGAGAUCCAUCGUUCCAGAAAUCAAUUGGGAGCAUGGCUGCGAGGAAACCCGGCGUCAUCGCGCUGUUCGACGUCGAUGGAACGCUCACCGCCCCGCGGAAGCUGAUCACGCCGCAAAUGCUGGAGUUCAUGCGGGAACUCAAGGAGGUUGUAACUGUAGGUGUUGUCGGAGGAUCGGACCUUGUUAAGAUAACAGAGCAACUUGGAAAAACAGUUAUACACGACUAUGAUUAUGUAUUCUCAGAAAAUGGCCUUCUUGCUCACAAAAAUGGGGAACUAAUUGGUCGACAGAGUUUGAAGUCAUUUCUUGGUGAAGAUAAACUAAAGGAAUUCAUCAAUUUUACCCUCCAUUACAUUGCCGACUUGGAUAUCCCAAUAAAAAGGGGGACAUUUAUUGAGUUCCGUAGUGGAAUGCUUAAUGUCUCUCCAAUAGGGCGGAAUUGCAGCCAAGAAGAGCGCUAUGAAUUUGAAAAAUAUGAUAAGGUUCACAACAUACGGCCAAAGAUGGUCUCUGUGCUACGUGAAAAGUUUGCACAUAUGGAUCUGACUUUUUCAAUUGGUGGACAAAUAAGUUUUGAUGUUUUCCCACGAGGCUGGGACAAGACUUACAGUUUAAAAUACCUUGGUGAAUUUCAAGAAAUCCACUUUUUUGGUGACAAAACCUACAAGGGGGGGAAUGACUAUGAAAUUUAUGAAUCGGAACGAACUGUUGGUCAUACAGUAACAAGUCCAGAUGAUACAGCAGCACAGUGCAGAUCUCUCUUUCUGGGAAAUUAAUCGAUGAGCUUAUAGCAAGAAGUUUCAUAUUGUUCAAUUUAAUAUUGUAUUCAAUGAGCUUAUGACAACAAAGUUUUAACCAUUUCAACGACUGUAUUUGUAUUUCCAUCUAUGAGGAUAAUUAUUAUGUACCAAAUAAAGCCUUCAAAAUAAAUAAAGUAUGACCUUCA